UUCACUGAAUUUUUCAUCAUUUCCCUCCAAUUUUGUAAACGCACGCUUACCAAAUGUUGGAAAAUUUGGAUCCAACAUUAGGUUAAUUUUUAUUUUUUCCCCGCUACACCAGAAACCAGUGCCACCAUAAAGGGCUCUAACUCUAACCAAUCGUCAUCAAAGUUCUCAAAUAAUAAUAAAAAAGAUCAGAACAAAAACUACAAUUGUUCUUCUCGUCUCUCUGCUGCAGACUCUGCCUAGGGUUUCACUGUUCCUGUUCGUAAUUGCAUUCUCACUCAGGUUGCCUUGGUAUGGAUUCUACAGCACAGUCAUACCAACAUCGCCCACUUUCAAUCAAAUUAUGGCCCCCUAGCCAGAGUACUAGACUAAUGCUUGUAGAACGGAUGACCAAGAACCUUACUACUCCGUCCAUUUUUUCUAGAAAGUAUGGACUGCUUAGCAAAGAAGAGGCUGGGGAGGAUGCAAAACAAAUCGAGGAUACAGCUUUUGUGACUGCAACCCAACACUUUGAGAAGGAGCCUGAUGGUGAUGGGAGUUCUGCUGUGCAAAUUUAUGCCAAGGAAUCGAGUAAGCUCAUGUUGGAAGCUUUGAAAAGAGGCCCAAGAGGGAAGGAGGAUGGAGAGUUGAUAUCUGAAAAGGUUAGUGCAACUGCUGAAACUGUUUUUGACAUAUCUGGGGGUCGCAGAGCCUUUAUUAAUGGGGAGGAUGCUGCAGAACUUUUGAAACCAUUGAGGGGACCAAACUCUUAUACCAAGAUACGUUUCUGCAAUAGAAGUUUUGGCUUGGAUGCUGCUCGUGUUGCUGAACCCAUCCUAUUAUCAAUUAAGGAUCAAUUGAAAGAGGUAGAUCUAUCAGAUUUUAUUGCUGGAAGACCAGAAGCAGAAGCUCUUGAAGUAAUGACUAUAUUUUCUUCUGCGCUGGAAGGUUGUGCUUUAAGGUAUCUGAACCUCUCAACUAAUGCCAUGGGCGAAAAGGGAAUUAAUGCAUUUCGGUCGCUCCUAAAAUCGCAAAAUAACUUGGAGGAGCUUUAUUUGAUGAAUGAUGGUAUAUCAGAGGAAGCUGCAAAAGCAGUUUCUGAAUUGAUUCCUUCCACUGAGAAGCUUAGAGUUCUUCAUUUCCACAAUAACAUGACUGGAGAUGAAGGGGCAAUUGCAAUAUCUGAACUUGUGAAACGUUCCCCAGCUUUGGAAGAUUUUCGGUGUUCAUCUACCAGAGUAUGCUCUGAUGGUGGAGUUGCCCUUGCUGAAUCACUUGGGACUUGUACACAAUUGAAGAAGCUUGACUUGCGUGACAACAUGUUUGGUGUAGAAGCUGGAGUUGCUCUAAGUAAAGUUAUACCUGUAUUUGCAGAUCUUACAGAGAUAUAUCUUAGUUAUUUGAACUUGGAGGAUGACGGUGCAGAAGUCCUUGCUAACGUGCUCAAGGAAUCUGCACCAUCACUGGAAAUUUUGGAUAUGGCUGGGAAUGACUUUACUGCGAAAGCUGCUACUUGUUUGGCUGCCUGUAUAUCAUCAAAACAAUUCCUCACUAAGUUAAAUUUAUCUGAGAAUGAACUGAAGGAUGAAGGUGCAGUUUUGAUCAUCAAGGCACUGGAAGGAGGUCAUGACCAAUUAAAUGAAGUUGAUUUGGGCACAAACUUGAUCACAUGGUCAGGAGCUAGGUUGUUGGCUGAAGCUGUUGUGCAUAAACCUGGAUUUAAGUUGCUAAACAUCAAUGGCAACUUCAUUUCUGAUGACGGGAUUGUUGAGUUGAAGAAUAUAUUUGCAAAUUCACCUAAUAUGCUGGGUCCUUUGGAUGAGAAUGAUCCUGAAGGAGAAGAUAUUGAUGAGGAGGCUGAGGAAGAUGCUGAUCAUGAUGAAUUGGAAUCAAAACUGAAGGGCCUUGGGAUUUAGGAAUAUUCUUAGGACUUAGGAAUGCAACUUCUACUUCAGAUUAAUUUGUAGCCAAUUAAUAUUUGCGUCAGACAUACUUGUUUCAGACCCAAUAGCUAGCUUAAAUCUAUGUAUUUUAGAUUUUCUAUUCCAUAACAUGGCAUUUUUGAAGUUUACCAGGUAUAUGAUCUUAAUAUGUC